GUCCCUUGGCGAUCGGCUGCCCACUCCUCCUCCUCCUCCUCCCGCUGUGUAAUCCUUGCUGACACAACGCACAAAGGACUAAACGCUUCCAGCAGCAGGGCUUCCUCCUCCACCAGCUGUGAUCCUUCGGAGUCGGGCAUUACACCUGUAAGACGGGUCUGGACCGCGCAUCACACCGGCCUGGUUGCCCUCGUCCUCCACCCCCUCUAUCCUCCCCUCCUCAUUCAGGGAGUGCAUCCGAACAGGACAGCCCUAAGGAGGGGCUCUUUUUUUUUUUUUUUUUCUUCCUUUUUUCAUCUCUCUGGAAACCGGUAGGACCACCGGUACCCCCCCCUCCCCCGGCCCCCUCAUCUGAUGCGUUUAUGUGGCAGGAGUCCCCCCCGAACUGUUACCUGAAAACCCGCUGGUGCCGUCCCUCCCCGCGAUAUCGUCGGCACGAGCCCUCCAUCUUCAGAAGGCCCGGAGGCGGCGCAGCAGCAGCAGCGGCGGCGGCUGCGGCGGCGGCGGGAGUGAGAGCGCCGCCAGGCCCCGGCCGCCGGGCCCCAGCAGAGGCGGCAUGGAGGUGGGAAUGCGCGUGGUGCGCGGCCUGGACUGGAAAUGGGGCAACCAGGACGACGGCGAGGGCCACGGGGGCACUGUGGUGGAGAUCGGGCGGCAGGGCAGCACCACAACGCCGGACAAGACGGUGGUGGUGCAGUGGGACAGCGGGACGCGGACGAACUACCGCACCGGCUACCAGGGGUCCUUUGACCUGCUGCUUUAUGAUAACGCCCAAAUCGGCGUGCGUCACUCCAACAUAAUCUGUGACAGCUGCAAGAAGCACGGCAUCAUGGGAAUGCGAUGGAAGUGCAAGGUGUGCUUUGACUAUGACCUGUGCACGCAGUGUUACAUGAACAACAAGCACGACCUUGGUCACGCUUUCGAGCGCUACGAGACGGCGCACUCCCAGCCGGUGUGCUUGGCACCGAGGCAGAACCUCCCGCGGAUCAUCCUCAAAGGAAUCUUCCAGGGGGUCAAAGUGGUCCGUGGACCCGAUUGGGAUUGGGGCAACCAAGACGGCGGGGAGGGUAAGGUUGGGAAGGUAGUGGACAUACGGGGCUGGGACACGGAGUCCGGUCGCAGCGUGGCCAGCGUCACCUGGUCCAACGGCACCACCAACGUCUACCGAAUGGGCCACAAGGGCAAGGUCGACCUCAAAUACGUGUCCGACGGCCAAGGAGGCUUCUACUACAAAGACCACCUGCCGAAGCUCGGAGAGCAUGCCGAGCUGCAGCGCCAGGAGAGUGCUGACGGCCACUCGUUCCAGCAGGGCGACAAGGUCAAAUGUCUCCUGGAGGUGGAGAUCCUGCGACAGAUGCAGGAGGGCCACGGAGGGUGGAACCCCAAAAUGGCCGAGUACAUUUGCCGGAUCGGGACUGUACAUAGAAUCACUGACCGGGGAGAUGUCAGAGUCCAGUACAGCAACAACAUCCGCUGGACUUUCCAUCCUGGGGCCCUCACCAAGGUGAACACUUUUGGAGUUGGCGAACUAGUCAGAGUAUUGGAGGACAUCGAGAGUGUGAAGAGACUGCAGGCUGGCCAUGGAGAGUGGACAGACAGCAUGGCUCCUGUGCUUGGCCAGGCCGGGAAGGUGUUGAAAGUAUAUGCGGACGGCGACCUGCGGGUGGCGUUCGGAGGACAGACGUGGACGUUCAACCCAGCGUGCCUCUCGGCUCAGACCGUGGAGGUGGACGCCAACCUCAUGACAGCCGAGAACCCCAACGAAUCUGGAAGUACCGUCAUCUCGGUGUUGGAGAAGCUGCUGUCUCAGUCCACAGAGCAGGACAAUCCCAGCCGGCUGGUCAUCGAGGCCGCACACGGCAGUGCCAGCAAAGUGCGAGAGUUGGUGCUGAAGUAUCCCGACAAGGUUGAUAUUAAAAACCAGGGCAAAACGGCUCUGCAGGUUGCUGCCCACCAAGGCCACAUGGAGGUGGUGAAGGCCCUGCUGCAGGCCAACAGCUCCAUCGAGGUCAAGGACGAAGAUGGAGACACCGCAUUGCACUACACUGCUUUUGGUAAUCAGGCAGAGAUCACAAGGCUGCUGCUGAGCAAGGGUGCAAAUGUCAACCUCCUGAACAACUCCAUGUGCACGGCGCUCCACAUCGCCGUCAACAAGGGGUUCACCGACGUGGUGCGAGUGCUGACCGAACAUUCGGCUGACGUCAAUCUCCAGGAUUCAUAUGGGGACACGCCGCUCCAUGACGCCAUUGCUAAAGAUUUCCGAAAUAUCAUCGAGAUCUUGGUCUUGGUGCCGAACAUCGACUUCACACAGCAGAACCACAGAGGCUUCAACCUGCUGCACCACGCUGCCCUCAAAGGGAACAAACUGGCCACGGAGAAGAUCCUGGCCAGAGCGCGGCAGCUGGCGGACGUGAAGAAGGAGGACGGCUUCUCUGCGCUGCACCUGGCCUCCCUGAACAACCACCGGGACGUCGCCGAGAUCCUCGUCAAGGAGGGACGCUGCGACAUCAACAUCCGCAACAACCGGAACCAGACGCCGCUGCAGCUGGCGGUCACGCAGGGCCACACUGACCUGGUGCAGCUGCUGGUGUCCGAGGGCGCCGACGUCAACAUGGAGGACGAGGACGGGGACACGGCCAUGCACGUGGCCCUCCUCCGCCCGCAGCUGGCCAACGUCAUGCUCGGCCCCGCCACGGGGACCAGCAGCACCCCCGAGGAGAGCAGCGAAGGUUGCUCCUCCACAUCGCUCUACUGCCGGCUGAGCGCUACGGGUCUUCUGGGGAGCACGGAGCUGAGCGUCGGCUCGGCCAUCGCUUGUUUCCUCGCGCAGGAAGGGGCUGACGUCAGCUACGCCAACCACAAGGGAAAGAGCCCCCUGGACCUGGUGGCGGACAGCGGCAUGCUGCAGCUCAUCAAGAGCUUCUCUGAGAAACACAGGUUGCAGCGGCUGCAGGCCAUCACAUGUGGGCAGGGCCUGAGCAGCGCCAGCCUGCGGCGUGUCCACACCACGCCAAACACCAUGACCAACCUGGUUCUUCCCACGCCGCCGGGGCCCAGCGAAUGCCUCAUCUGCUCCGAGCUGGCGCUGCUGGUUCUCUUCAGCCCCUGCCAGCACAGCGUGGCCUGCGAAGAGUGUGCCCAUCGAAUGAAGAAAUGCAUCAAAUGCCAAGUCACAAUCACCAAGAAAAUCCGACAAGUUCCUCACUGCUCUGACAUCAUCCAUGUUGACGCCCCCCCCACCACCUCUUCCACAGACCAAACCGAGGUGGACUGCAGCCCCGGCACCGAGAACUCUGAGCAGCACAACCUGCUGGAGCAGCUACAGUCUCGCUACCGGCAGAUGGAGGAGCGCAUCACCUGCCCCAUCUGCAUCGACAACCACAUCAAGCUGGUCUUCCAGUGCGGACACGCCUCCUGCAUCGACUGCAGCGCCGCGCUCAAGACCUGCCCCAUCUGCCGGCAGACCAUCCGCGAGCGCAUCCAGCUGUUUGUCUGAGCGCCUCGGUCACCGCGGCGCUUGAACCACCCAAAGAGGAUGUUCGGGGGGGGGGGGGUCGGGAAAGAAGAUUGGGCCGACCUACACCUGCUAAUCCCCACGCCCUCCCUCCCCCAUCAAACAAGUGCAGCGCGGGCGGGAACGCGUCGAAGAACUUCCUUUUUUUAUUUUUUGGCGUCCGAACUGCCGCGCCCGACGGGAAGCCGGCCGGGCGACGCUGGGAGGCGAUGCUGCCUCUUUGAAUACUCCGGGAGAAGGUGCCCCACCUCUUCUUUCCCCCGCCCAGCCUCCACCUCUUGUAAUCUUUCCCACCUUUCGCUGCUUUAGGUGGAUUUCUGUUACCCAUCAUCCUCUCUGGCUGUCUGGCCUCCUCUGUUUACAAGGCUGCGCAGAAUCAGCCCCCCGUCUUCUCGCCCUUCAGCCCGUCCUGUGAAUUACGUUUGCUCUCAUUUGUACCAAUCUCUUAAUAAUCAGUGUUCGUCUCUGCGGAGGGAGUUGGUAUAACUAAAAGCUCUCUAUAUAGUCCCCGACCACUCGCCUGUAUGCAAGGGGAAAUACACACUAUAUAUGCAUGAGUAUAUGCAUAUUGUAAAGCUGAAAAUGACUGUGCCGUCAUGGGUGAUUUGUUGUUGUUGUUUUAUUUCUUUCUGGUUACAUUUGUGGUUUUAAAUGUAGCGAUCAGUACAGGUUUUUAUUUAUGUGUGAAAGGUGGUAUUACUUGGUAAUGUCCUUUUGUUUUCGGUUGAUGUUUGCUUGGCAAAAAUGUUUUUGUUUCUACUGAACUUCAGCCCAAGCAUAUGUCCUUUACUCAGGGUAUCGAAUCAUUGAAAGCACUUGUGAUAUCCAUAGCGGGCUAAAGAGUCCCCCCCCCAAUGCACGACACACCCACUACUACAGAGACUCAGUGUAUCGGGUCAUUUUUUGUAGGGUUACAGAAAGAAAUGCUCACAAAGGUAUGCAGUAGUGACUUAAUCCACUUUAUCAAUCCUCAAAGUUCCCCUGUCAUGAGUAAAAAGAAUGUUUAAAGAAGCAACGAAACUGACAUUUUCCUCCCAAAAAUGUCAAACAAUGUCCUUGAAGCGUGUGCGUGUGUGUGCGCGUGCGUGUGCGCGUGCGUGCGUGCGUACGUGUCCCAGCGAUAACUCAUGUUUCCUUCUUUAUUCGCUGGAUACGUUUUAAGACCUAGAAUCAGAAGAGGCACAACAUGAAAAUGUUUUUUCGCGUCUACCUUCAUUUCAAAAGACGCCCCCUUCUCCUCUGGAUUUCUGGAUUGUAGAUCAUCUUCAUCCUUUCUAACGUGCUGGUGUGAUUUCUUGAAGGGCUGUUGCGUAUGAAAAAAAAUAAAUAAUCCUACCUAUUUGAAUUGUUAUUUAAUUUUUAUUUUCUAUAAUAAGCUUCCAGAGACAGGCGUUUUCUUUUUGUCUUCAUUAGAUCCCAAAUCUUGGGAAAGCCAAUGUUUAAUAUGUACAUUUGAAUGUUGGGGAAGAAAAAUGUAUCAGUUCUCACUCUGCCUUUCUUCUUUUUUUUUCUUUUUCUUUUUUAUGUGUAAAGAAAAAAGACGUAAGAGAAGCAGCCGGAGGGACUGAGACGUGUCUACCACGAGUUUUAAUUUGAGGAAAGAACUUCUACAUCUGUGCCAAAUCGCAUGAGGAUGUGCAUGGGCAUGCACGCCCAAAUUUAUCUAGACUCAUUAUGCUAAAGCCCUCCGAGCUCUAGUGAGGGAUCAACUAUUCCAGCGGUGUGAAGUGAACCAGAAGUUGGAGCAUUUAGUUGGAAAUAAGAAGCGUUAUCUCCGCACACUCGGUUCCUGAUGUUAGAAGUUAAACUGAUGGUGUUUGCCUCCUGACUUCAGCUGUUGAACCGACUCAUGUUUGCGAUGAAAAGUGACGCAACGAUCACUUCCAAAUUAAUAUCAGUCCCAUAUUGUUUAGAGCUUUUUACAAGUAUAUAUAUAUUUAUAUUUUGUGAGACAUUAUUAAUUAAGGGACACGUUUUUAAGGAUUGUCCAUUGGUGUCCUAAGUCGAUGGGACUCGAGGCAAAGGCAAUAAUGUUCUAGAAAAAAGGGGGUAAUGUUUGAGUUCUUUUACUCCCCUGAAGGAGGUCUCUGUGAGGGCGGGAAACACAUUUAUGUAUAAAAACACAAAGCAGCAAAUGUUACUAUUGGUGUUUGUACAGUUCAGCUCUCGGAGUUCUGAUGUUGGCCUUAUUGUCCAUUCCUCCUCUGUUGAUGUUUUUUCAGUUGUAUUCUGUACAAAAAUAUUUUGCAAUAAAUAUGGAACUGUUUUCUAAGGACUUGG